AUGCUGAAAUCAGAAUACUUAGUUGCAGGCGAUACAGGAAUUGAUCUGAAUUUGGAUACUGGCACAGUGAAAAACUGCAAGAAAUUCAGACACCUGGAAGUUACAAUUUCGGACAACGGAAAGAGUGACGAAGAUAUUCGGAAUAAAAUAUUACGGGGAAAGCGAGUUAUUGAACAAUUGAGUCCAGUAUUAUGA